CUAACCAACUGUCAUGGCGUCUCCCUUGAAGGGGGUUUGGAACUGGAGAAAGUAGACGCUGUCAUUUAUCAGUUUUCCCGUGUGUACAGAGCAGUUACUCCGGAUUGAAGAAGCUUUGAGGAGCGGGAAGCUACCAUGGGGACUGUCCAUGCUAAGAGUCUGGAUCCUCUCCCGAUGCAUGGCCGGGACUUGGGAGUCAACCCCGAUGACUUGGUGGAGACUCCAGACCUGGAGCAAGAGAGCAAACAGGAGAUCCUGGAAAACAAAGAUGUGGUCGUCCAACACGUCAACAUCCAGGGUCUUGGAAGAACUAAAGAGGAUCUGCUGGGCUACGAGAUCUCUGAUGUUUUCAACGCCAAAAACCUCAUUGAUGUGAUGAAGAAAGCUCACAUAGCCAGACAGAGGUUGCUCCGCCUCGGGAUCUUCAAGGAGGUGGAGGUUCUCAUCGACACGUCUGAAGGUAAGGACGCUCUGCCGAACGGUCUGGAUGUAACGUUUGAGGUGACAGAGAUCAAGAGGCUUACGGGAAGCUACAACACCAUGGUCGGCAACAAUGAAGGAAGCAUGGUACUGGGAUUGAAGCUGCCUAACAUGCUGGGUCGAGCUGAGAAACUCACCUUCCAGUUCUCCUACGGGACCAAGGAGACGUCAUAUGGUCUGUCAUUCUUCAAGCCUCAGCCGGGACACUUUGAACGCAACCUCACUCUCAACCUGUACAAAGUCACCGGUCAGUUCCCGUGGAGUUCCUUAAAAGAGACGGACAGAGGCAUGUCUGCAGAGCUGAAUUUUCCUCUGGGGGUGACCAACCACACGUUGAAGUGGGAGGGAGUGUGGAGGGAGCUGGGCUGCCUCGCUCGCAGCGCGUCCUUCGCCGUGCGAGAGGAGAGUGGACACUCGCUGAAAUCUGCCCUCUCGCACACCGUGUCAGUUGAUUCAAGAAAUUCAGCUAUUUUCCCCAGCAGAGGUGCCUUACUGCGGGUCAACCAGGAGCUGGCCGGGUACACAGGAGGAGACGCCAGCUUCUUAAAGGAGGACUUCGAGCUGCAACUCAACAGACGGCUCUUCUGGGACUCAGUCCUGUCUGCUUCUCUGUGGGGCGGGAUGCUUUAUCCCAUUGGAGGACAGCAGUCCUGCAUUGCUGACAGAUUUUACCUUGGAGGUCCCACCAGUGUUCGAGGGUUUGGGAUGUACAGCAUAGGACCGCAGAGUGAAGGUGACUAUCUUGGUGGAGAGGCGUACUGGGCAGGUGGUCUGCACCUCUACACCCCGCUGCCCUUCAGACCAGGCAAAGGAGGCUUUGGAGACCUUUUCAGAACACAUUUCUUUCUCAACGCAGGAAACCUCUGCAACCUCAACUACGGUGAGGGUCCCAGGGCUCACCUUCAGAAGCUGGCUGAGUGUAUCCGCUGGUCAUAUGGAGCGGGCAUCGUGCUGCGGCUUGGAAACAUAGCCAGACUGGAGCUGAAUUACUGCGUGCCCAUGGGAGUUCAGAGUGGAGACAGGAUAUGUGACGGCGUCCAGUUUGGAGCAGGAAUCCGCUUCCUGUGACCUCAUCACUCCAACAGAGGCCGUGAUGUGAAAAAGGGAGAAUGUCUUGUUGUUUAUCACCUGUAACUUGUUGUAGAGUGUGUCACACUAGCAUGGGUCCUACAGAAACAUGUCCUGGUUAAAGGUGCCUGAUAAUCCCUGAAACGCCCUCUGAUGAGCACCACUCUAGGCUGUAGAACAACACGGUGCCAGUGCUGCUUCGUAAAACUAGUGAGAGUUUUUACACAAACUUAACGGCCUUUCAUAUAUUUAAGGGGAAACGGGAACACUUGUUUAGCAGAAAACAUGAGAAAUGAAGACAGUUGGGACAAAAAUACAAUCAUGAUCAUGAUUUUGUUUUAGUUUGAGCCUCUUUCUUUUGUUUGUCUCAGCACUGGCACCUCAUCUUUGGAGAAAUCAUCUACGAGUGAUUUCGCCCACUCCGUUAAUUAUUUUCAAUGAUUAUUGAGGGGUUCUGAGCAUGUUUAAGUUUGCCUUCUAGGACUUUUUUGUUUUCUUUUUGACAGUAAACUGCACCACACUCUUUUUCUCUUCCUGCUGUUGUACUAUGUGAUUGAAUGAUUACAGCAACCAGGGAAUAAACCAAGAGAAACCAGCACUUUUUAGUCAAUUUAGCACUGUCAAAGGAGAGUUGGACCCAGUUGUUUUUGUCAUUUCUGAUGUAAAAAAAAAUGGCAGGUUAAUCUCAGGCCAGCAGCGGUGUUAGGUAGGAACCUCAUCCCGCGCCCUCCCUGAGCAACAUCCACCACCAGUGCUCUUACCGAUUGUCAGUCUUCUUUUUGAUGUUGUUGAAAGUAUUCACAAAUAAAUCACAGCUGCUCCCCUGGCUUCUCUCUCUGCAUCCUUGGUGUUUUUUUGAACAUAUAUUCAACUACUAAAUAAAAAUCAUUACUUUCA